GAAAAGAAAAAAAAAACUCGCCAGCCCUCUCUCUGCUGUCCGCUCCACAGCUUCCGCCGCCACCCUUCCCGUUCCCCUCCGCCACCGCUGCCGCGCUCCGCUUCUCCCCCCACGGCACUAGCUCCCGCCGUCGAGCUCCACCCUCCUCCAAUCCCCGCCCCGGGCUCUGCUCCCCCCCAGUGCCACCACCUCCAAUCCAUAGCGCCGGCGGCGGCGGCGCUUCCGGCGACAUCACUGGACAGCGGCGAGUAUGAAUAUAUAUAGGUAGAGGGAACAAACUAAUCGUUCCUCUGGACAAACUUCCAUCUUACUCCAAGCCCACCUCCAGAAUGGCAGAGCAAUGCAAGAUUUCUGCUGCCAUGGUAUCUGAGGAAAGGUCGUACGUGCUCAAGGUAGAUGGAUACUCCAGAGCCAAAGCUCUACUCAAGAGCGGCCAGUGCGUGAAUUCUGACCUUUUCAGUGUUGGAGGCCACGACUGGGCCGUGGGAUAUUACCCAAACGGUGACGAUGAUGAUUGUACCGAUUUCAUAUCUCUUUUUCUAAGUUUUGAAUCUGCCGUCGCUGAAGAUGUGAAGGCGAAAUUCACGUUCAGUGUACUUGACGAGAAUGGAGAACCGGUGCCUUCAUACAGCCAUACGUUCCCUUUGGAUACCUUCUUAAGCAAAGGUGAUAACUUGGGUUGCCGUAACUUCAUCAAGAAGGCUGAUCUGGAGGCAUCGGCGCAUAUAAGAGACGACAGUCUUACCAUCAAGUGCGAUCUCACCGUCAUCCACGACGAAGAAACAAUUGUUCCUCCAAGCAACCUGCACCAGCAUCUUGGUGACCUCCUAAACAGCAAGGAUGCAGCAGACCUAACCUUUCAGGUCGGUGGACAGAGUUUCUCGGCCCAUAGAUGUGUCCUCGCUGCUCGGUCAUCAGUCUUCAAGGUGGAGCUCCUCGGCCCCAUGGAGGAGAGUUAUGCAGCUAGCCCUAUUGAAAUCCGUGACAUGGAAGCAGAUGUGUUCAAGUCGUUGCUCCAUUUCAUAUACACCGACACAGUUGCUCCUGUGCUGGAUGUGGUGAUGGCCGGCCAUCUACUUGUUGCGGCUGACAGAUACAACAUUGGCAAGCUGAAGAUGAUAUGCGAGGAGAAAUUGUGCAGUCACAUUGAUUCCGGCAUGGUGGCAACUAGUUUGGCAUUGGCCGAGCAGCAUGGUUUCCAUGCUCUCAAAAAAGCUUGUUUAAAGUUCCUUGCUUCUCCGUCCAAUUUGGAGGCGAUGAUGGUGAGUGAUGGGUAUGAGCAUCUGAAAUCUAGUUGCCCAUAUGUUUUCAAGGAGCUUGUAGCUGGAAUCCUCCCGGCUGAACUGAAAGCAGCAAAGGAUAUUAUCAUGACAAUGUGGAGGUAACGCCUACAGAACUAGGAUCAUACAUGUCAUCCAAAUUUUCGUAUUAUUGGUUAUGCUACUUCUCCAUGUAUGGUUGCUAGUGUAUUUCUGAACAAAAUUGUUGGUAUUAAUCAUUCAAUCUAAUAUAUGUUCAGGUGAGUAGAAUUGUUAUGAUACUUCUUGUCACCGUUGCCCUAUUUUGUAGCGACUGACUACCAUGCUAGGUUGCAUGGGUC